CCGUGGUCGCCCUUUACGCCGCAAACGCCACACAAGAUAAAAAGAGCUUCCGAUGAGGUGCUCUGCCAUCAUUCGGUGAUAGAUCGCGAUUCAAUUCGGUUUAUGUUUUAGUCAUCGAUGGCUCGAGAAUAAAAAUACCUGGUCAACAAUGUGUGGAAAACAUAUUACAACGGUGCUAAUCAUUUCCGGGGUAAUUUCCUGUUUUGGACAGCAGUCAGGGCCGAUUGUGAAUAUUCAGGGACUUGGUGGUGUGCUGGGUUCCGUCGGAUAUACGGCGUGGACAAAUCGGACGAUCUAUGAAUUUCACGGCAUUCCGUACGGUCAAGCUCCGGUUGGUGCGCUUCGGUUCAAACCUACGGUGAAGGUUUCGGCAUGGGGUGGCACUCGAGAUGCGACGCAACCGGGAACUCGGUGUCCCCAAAUUGACGUGAACUACGUCAAUGUGGAAAACGAGGACUGUCUGACCUUGUCGGUGUACUCGAACAGUUUGGACGCGGAUCGGCCAGUGAUGGUGUACAUUCACGGUGGCUGGUUCUUCCUGGGAGGGGCCGACCAAUACAAACCGAAUUUUCUUCUGGAGUCGAACAUAGUGUUGGUGGUGAUUCAGUAUCGUCUGGGACCACUAGGGUUCUUGAGUACCAUGAGUGAUGAUAUUCCCGGAAACGUUGGAAUGCUAGAUGUGAUAACUGCACUGGAGUGGGUUCAGCAGUAUAUUGGGUACUUUGGCGGCAAUAGCUCGCAUGUGACAAUCUUUGGUGAAUCAGCUGGUGCGGCAGCAGUUUCCUCAUUAUUACACAGCCCUAUGGUACAAUCUAGAUCGACACCGUUAUUUCAGAGGGCAAUCAUGCAGUCCGGAUCAGUGUUCGCACCAUGGACUGUGAGUGACACUCCACUUGAAGGGACUAACGAUAUCGCGGCACGACUUGGUUGUACCGGAGCUGCCGUAGAACAGUGCCUUCGUGGGGUUUCCAUACAAAACCUUCUGGAAGCAUUUUCCGCUCAUCGAUCUCAAACCAUCGCAAACAGUGGAUAUCCUUAUGUGGCAGGAACUGGUAUUGUAGUUGGAGGUCCGUCGUCUUUCCUUCCUCAACACCCGAAGACCUACCUUGGAAACUCUCAAAAGAACAUCGCCGUCAUGGCUGGAACAAACGCUCAGGAUGGUUUGUUCCUGCUCAAUGAACUACACAAACUACAACCGCAACUACUGCAGACUCUGAACACUUCACAUGCCCUGUUGCACUACGUUCACAUACUGCACGAAAAAUUCGGACAUUCAAAGUUCGAUGGAUCGUUGGAGGCCUACGCUUUCCAACACAAUUUCUUGAUGAGCGAAAUGGAUCGAUUACGUUGGGAAGAUCUGGCGUCCAGUUUGACUGAUAUCUGUGGCACCCACGGUAUCAAAGGACCGGUUCUGGCUGAUGUCCAGUCGUUUUCCAACGCCAACCCGGGUAACGUUUAUCUGUACAGCUUCGACUACUCGAGUGCGCUGACCCAGAGGAAUCUGACGGUGCCGUACCCACACGAGAGGCCAGUUCACCACGCCGAAGAACUGAAAUAUCUGUUUCCAAUAGAGAAUCUGGACGAAGCUGACGUAAGGAUGGCAAAGGCCAUGGUUCAACUGUGGACAUCGUUUGCCAUCGGUGGGGUUCCGGUGGCGGAUAGUGUCGCCCAUUGGCCUCCCAUGGAUCGAAUGUUUGGACCAUACUUGAAAAUCACCACUGAGAGCAAGCAGCAGAACUUCUACCUCAAUGAGUUCUCCGCUACUGCAGACAAAAAUCGAGGUUUCGGAGGAGCUGGAAGCCGCGUGACAGCAUCUGUAGGAUCGAUUGUAACGCUUUUAAUCAUGGGUAUUGCUGCUAGUUUGAGAAGCUGAGGUUCAAUCUCUG